AUGCCAGCCCCAGAUGUGUCCAUGAUGAAGGCCCUCAGCCUGCCUUGGCUGGAUUACCAUGUUCUCGUCUUGGACCUGGAGAAGAUUCUGUUGAAGGUGGCCAGAGAGGCUGGGCCAGGGUCAGCCUGUGGAGCAGCUCAGGUGCCCUCUGCUUGUCUGGCCUGGAGAGUGUUGCCCUGUGCAGAGCAGUGGGCUUUAGGAGCCACGGUGCUGUUAGGUUUUUGGGUGGAUAAGGGCCCUUCAGAAGGCCCUGGCCCAGCUGGAAGCUGUGGCCUCAGAGCAGAGCCUGCUCUUGGGGGAGGGGUGUUUGCUCGUUGCCAAGCACCCAGGUUCCGGCCUCCAGCAGUGGCCACAGAUACGCUGCAGGCAUUGUCCCUACUUUCCUGGCUGCUCCUGCUGGCAAAACCUGCUCCUACUCUUACCUGGUCACGGCCCCUCUGGUACCAGUUGAAACUGGACUUACAGCCCUGGGGGUGUGAGCCAAACAACCCGGAGGCCUGUGGGAGCACCCUGGGCUGUCCUGGCUACUGGACAAGCCUGGGAGGGAACCGCAUCUACCCUGUGGCUGGGGCCAUGAUCACCACCACCAUGAUGCUGGUGAUGGGUCGUCCAAUGCUGCACCGGUGGCGUUCACAGCACCCACAGGUGAGCACUAGCACCUCUGGAGCCUCGAGACGGCAGGUCCCAAUCUCAGACCGCACCCUGCUCCUCAGGGUCCUGCACAUGCUGGAUGCCCUCCUGUCCCACAUAGAGGGAAACCUGCAGCACCUGGCCACUCGGCAGUGCAAAUAAAGGAGACUUUAUCCAGU